UAUGAGAAACUUGGACCCGGCAAAGGAACCGGAAAUCGUGCGCCGUUUUAUUCUUCUCACCGAGUAAUGGUGUGUUGAGUAGCAUCGCUCGUCCCAGUCCGUCCGGUUCAGCGCUGAUUGCCGUGUUGCAUUAACUCGACCGGAUCAAAAUGAGUACCGCAGCUUACAAGGACCCCGAAAAGCCCGUGGAGCAGGCUCUGAUCCACAGAAUUAGGAUCACCCUCACCUCCAGGAAUGUGCGCAGCUUGGAGAAGGUGUGCACUGACCUGAUCAACGGUGCCAAGAAACAGAAGCUCCGUGUGAAGGGACCAGUUCGCAUGCCCACCAAAAUUCUCCGCAUCACCACCAGGAAGACCCCUUGUGGUGAAGGUUCCAAGACCUGGGAUCGCUUCCAGAUGAGGAUCCACAAGCGUGUGAUCGAUCUUCACAGCCCGUCUGAGAUUGUGAAGCAGAUCACAUCCAUCAGCAUUGAACCUGGUGUAGAGGUUGAGGUUACCAUCGCUGACUCGUAAGCUGUAACAACUGUACCUGUUUUUUAUUCAUAUUGAAUAAAAGGGAGAUGCAUUUCUA